AUGUUUGGCUCAAAUCAGCAGUCAGGAAGUAACUCGACAGUAACAUCUUCUGCUGCUUCUCAGAAAAUAGAAAAACCAUGGUUCAAGGAUAAUUCGAAUUCAAGAAUACUACCGUUUUCAAUUGUUCCAAGAUCCAUCAAAUCAACAAAAAAACUUUCAUCAAGCUCUACUUUGGGAGGUGAUAUUGGAGAUGAUGCUGAUGAAGACGAAGAUGAUGAUGAUGGCAGCAGUGACGAAGAGGGUGAAAACGAAAAGCUUGAAGUGAAUAACAACAGUUUAGACAACCAAGUUAAGAAACUCUUGGUCGGUCCAGCCUCAUCAGAUUUUGGAUCAAAGAAAUUUAAACAGUUAUCAUUUACGAAUAGAAAUCCCUUGGAUCCUUCGGCAAAGAAUGCACAUUUACUUAUUAACGAUGUUGAUGCGCCUCCGAGAGUUACUUUGAAUGACAUUUAUAAUGAUACCGUUGGCUCUGAUGAUGACAAUGAUGAUCACAAUAAUAACAAUAGUCAUAAUAAUCCACAAAAUGGGAGUCCUAAUUCUAAGAGCGAAACAACCAAUAUCAAGCAUAACCAUGUGCUUCAUGGACAUAGCUCGGUGGAUCCAGAUUCAUUCACUGCUUUUAAUUCUAAUUUCUUUGACAAGUUUUCAAAGAAUCCAAUAAGUAAUACCAACUCCAGCGUUCUUAAUUAUCUAUUAGACCAACUGUCAUCAGGUCAACCUGAUUUCGAAAAUCAUUCUAGUUUGACUUCAUCUAAACAAAAUAUUGCCAAGAAAAGUUCCACAGACAUCUCAAAUGGCAGUAAGGAAAAGUAUUCGAUUAUUGUCUAUGGUUAUAAAGAAUCGGAUUCUAUCCAGGUGAUACAAUAUUUCAAUAAGUUUGGCGAAAUUCUUGAAAAUUUUGAAGCGCUCAACAAAAAGAAUGGACCAUCCGGUUACAACUAUAUCUACGGGGGCUCAAGAAAGAUACUACCGCUAUAUUUAGGGAAUAGCUGGAUUAAGUUGACAUAUGAUAACCAGUCGUCUUAUUUGAGAUCAUUGAAGGAAAAUGAUGCGGUUUUCAAAGAUUAUUUUAUUUCAGUGGUCCCAUUGACCACAAGUUUAUUGAAUAGUUUAACCAAUGGCUCUAUGAAAAUCGAAAUCAAAUAUUUUGAUUCCAAUGAUCCAAAUAAUGAAAAGCUAGACGCGCUUUUCCCUCAUAGAUCGUCAAAGAAGCAGGAAGUUUCCGAAAAGAAGCAGGAAGGAGACGACUCAAACAAUUUAUCAAGUAAGACCAAGGAAGACAGAGGGAAAGUUUUAUCAUUUCUUGAUAGCUACUUAUCAUCACCAUCUCGUAAUGUCUUCAAUUUUAUCAACCAUAAUGAUUCAACUCCUUUCACAAACAGUAGGGAGCCUGAGGCAAGCAGCGAAGAGCCAAAACCUAAGAAGAUGAAAAGUUCUUUUGAAAACACAGAUCAUAAAUUACAUAUUAUGAGCGGCAAACAGUUAUUAUUGGUGAAAAACAAAGCAAGCGGAGGAGCCAAAAAAUUGAAUAUCAAUUCGCCUACCAGUGGCAGUUCAAAGGGAAAUGGGGAUUGGUUUGAGAAGGGAUUAGAUUGGGCCUUUGGAUUUGAUAGUUUAUGA